CAAAUCAAAUGUGCGCAUAAACACAAUAGAACCUCAUUAAAUUUGAUUAAGUCCUCAUUAACCAAUCAGCUUGCUAAAGAACCUGGUGUCAAAUUGCAUAAAACCCGCCAAUAUUGCAAAUGUUACAAAAUGGCGGGAAAAUUGUUUUUUAUCUGUGGCUUUUUUCUUUUCUGUUGUUCGAUGACAGACGCGAGGUUCUUUAUAGUCCCAGAAGAUGUCGCUAUGCUGUUCACGACAAUAUACGGAUUUGCUCCACCAAUUCAUAAAGGUAACGACCACCGGCUCGGCUUCGGCUACCGUUUCGGCAACCACGCAGACCUGCAAGUGCUUUACGAGUUGGGCCCCCAAGUAACAACCAAGCAGCUGACAUCUGUUGGUGUACCUCCCUUACCUUCAUUGGAUCGCAGAAUCCGUCGGCCAUUGGUCAACUUGCUCGUGAGAAGAGGAAUUUUAAAAGAAAACAACAAUAACAGCCUACGAGAUACAGCAAAACCGAAAUAAUACACGAAAAAGUAAAUAAACUAAGAUGCAUGGGCUA